UCCUCUGUCCUGGAUCAGUCAGCACAGCAGCACCCUCCCUCCUGCUGUAUCCCCUCCCAUCCCGUGGCCUUGUUUCUGCUCACCAACUGCAUGCGAGUCGGCUUUGCUCUCCACGCAGCGUUUGCCUCGAGCGCGAAGAUUUCACGUUGCGCUCUGUCCGCCGCUUACAGCAUCUUGUCCGACGCGACCAUGACAAUGGGCGAGACGAUGCAAGUCAAGAAGCUCUCGGAGAAUGCCAUUAUGCCCGUCAGAGGCUCAGAACACGCUGCAGGGUUCGACCUCGCGAGUGCCUACGAGGCCACGGUCCCCGCCGGGCGUCAAGCUCUCGUUAAGACGGACCUCUCCAUCGCCAUUCCUCCCAACACGUACGCGCGCAUCGCCCCUCGAUCCGGCCUGGCCGUGAAGAAGAUGAUCGACGUCGGGGCGGGAGUUGUGGACUACGACUACCGCGGGCCUGUUGGAGUGGUGCUCUUCAACCAUGGGAGUGAAGACUUCAAGGUCCAAAAGGGAGAUCGUGUGGCUCAGCUCAUCUUGGAGCGCAUCUGCAUGGCAGACAUCGAGGAGGUUACAGAGCUCUCCGAAACAACAAGAGGCAGCGGAGGAUUUGGCAGUACCGGCGUUGAACAAGGCGCGCUUCAAUCAUCAUCCACCGUGGCGAACGGGGCAAAGAAAAUCAAAGUGGUGGGGUCCGAGCCGGUUUCGAGAGCGUCGGCCACAGUAGCGAAAGUACUCAGGCUUAUCGACCGAGUCGACAAGCUGGAUGUAGAUGACGCCCCAACGCUUGUCGCAAAGUUGCGGAAGGCUGCGAUGUCCAGGCCAUCAUCGCUGGAGGAUUUGCUGGUCGGUAUUCUGGAGAUCUACGACGAGACCGGAGACACCAAGGCGCUGAAUAAAAACCUGAUGGCCGUCGUGACUGCGUAAUCUAGUUCGUGAGCCCACUUGCAUUGCCAACCUGACGCAGUACGGAACAACGUGGAAUGGAACACUCUAGAGUUGCCUUUGCUCACCUUCGCUCAUGACCAGACCGAGGGGAAAAAGAGGCGGUACUGCCAACUUGUGGAGCGGGCAGGCCUUCAGUACGCAGAGAGCGUUGAGAACGCUUGUUUUCUCUUGACCAGAGAGAAUACUUGUGCACGAUUUAACCUUUUUGCACCCCCAAGAUGUCUUUUCAGAUAAGAAGUGGUCAGAGGCUGGGGAAGAAACAACCGUGAUGUGCCAAACCUUGGAUACCCCGGGAGUCUAGUUGGUAUCCUCGCAACCUUCUAGCAGCCAGGGUGAGGGGUUUGAGUCCCGGCGUAAUCGAGCCUUUCUUGCAACAAAAUGGUUAUUCUCUCGCUUGCUUUUCUGGUAGUGGACAGCGCUACUUCGUGUGCACACUUUGAGGGAAGAGAGCGCUGCACUCUUCUCGCGGUAGAAACCGAAGGCAAGCGCCGCAGGAGUGGUGCAGGGAGGGAAACCCUUCUGUGUGACCACGGAUUGGAGCAGCUCCUACACGGCAGAGAUGCUGUGGGUGGUGUGAGCGCUGAUGUAAAGUGAUGAAUGAAAUG